AUGAAGUUUAGUCUAAUCUGUUUCAUAUCUUCUUUAGUAGGUGUUUCCGUAGCUGGAACAUUAAAAGAAUUAGAAAUUGAUAUUACAAAGAGAAUUCCCGUUGAUAAAUGCACCAAUAAAGCAUUAGUUGGCGAUGCAGUUCAAGUUCAUUACACUGGUAAACUAUUAGAAAAUGAUAAAAAAUUUGAUUCUAGUUACGACAGAGGCAAACCUAUUUCAUUUAAAUUAGGAAGUGGUAUGGUCAUUAAAGGUUGGGAUGAAGGUAUUGUCGGGAUGUGUGUUGGUGAAGAACGUACUUUAAAAAUCCCUAGCAAUCUUGCAUAUGGUGCUAAUGGUAUUCCAGGUGUUAUACCACCAGCUGCUGAUUUGGUUUUUGAUGUUAAACUGGUCAAAGCUAUUCAUCAAUAA